GAUACCAAACCUUCAGAACCCCUAUAAAUAUACAAUUUAUUUCCAUAUCAUUAUUCAACUUUUUUUCAAUAUCAUACCUCAUAUUAUUCUCUCUCUCAACAAAAAUAAAAAACAAAAAAAUCUCAUAUUAUCCAGAAUCUUGUAUCAUGGGUGUCACAAAAAUAACUCAAGAAUUCGCUAGCCCCGUGGCCCCGACACGUGCAUUUAGGGCUUUGAUCUUAGAAUCCAACACCCUAAUGCCAAAACUCCUACCUCAGUUCAUUAAGAGUGUCGACUUAUUGCAAGGAGAUGGAGGAGUUGGAAGCAUCGAGCAAGUAAACUUUACCGAGAGUAGUCACUUUAAGUACAUGAAGAAUCGCAUAGAUGAACUAGACAAGGAAAACUUUGUGUGCAAGUACACGAUGGUGGAGGGCGAUGCAUUGGCUGACAAGAUUGAAUCGAUCGCGUAUGAAAUUAAGUUUGAGAAGUCCGAUGACGGUUGUGUUUGCAAGAUGACAAGCGAGUAUCAUACGUUCGGAGGGUACGAGGUGAAGGAGGAAGAGGUGAAGGCUGGCAAAGAGAGUGCCAUGGCCAUAUACAAAGUUGUUGAGGCCUAUCUCCUCCAAAACCCCAAUGUUUAUGCCUAGUUUAAUUAAUUGUUUCCACCAUAUUCAUUGAUAUUGUUUUUCCCAUUAAGAGAAUGUAGCAAUAGCUGCAAUUAUACAAUAGUUUUUUGAAUUGUGACGGUUAAGUUUGAAUUCCUAUAAAAAUGUGUUUUGUAUUUUUAGUGACAAAAAUAUGUCUAUAUCCUGAAAGAGGGGAUUUUCGAGAUUAAGAAAAUUUUAGUAUUGGUUAAA